ACAUGGUCUUCCGUCUCUCUUCACAAAACCCCAUUUUUCAAAGAUGAGCAAAAUACUUUUGGCUUUUCCUUCUAAUUUGGCAGAAGAAACACAUAUAAAAAAGAAGAGCCUCAAAGCAGCAUCACAGUUCACAGAGAUGGAGCAUGCUGAAAGGGAAUUCUUUAAGAAUUUGCACAUCACACAUUCAUACCCAUUUUUGGAAGAAAGAUCAAGCAAACGCCAGUCGUCAUCGUUGCCUGCUCGUAAUGGUAGAGUCGUCGUCGGGCGCCAGUCGUCGUCGUUGCCUGCUCGCAAUGGUAGAGUCGUCGUCGGGGUGAGAGGAGGAAACCGUAGACGAGCCAAGCGCAGUCGAUAGAACCGUAGAAGCGUAGAAGAAGGUAGAUCGACUGAUAAAAAUAUUAAGGGUUUUGUCUUUUGACGACGACUAUUUUGUAUUUGCAAUUAAAUUAGAAAUAUUUAA